AUGACGAUGAACAAAACGAUUCUCUCCCACUGGGACUCCUUCUCGACCAAGGCCCAAAGCAAGAACUGCCGCGAGGCUCUCAACGGAUCCAACUUAGAUGUUGCUACCGUGGUAGCUGUUGCAAAACAUGGCGCCUUGAGUGAGAUCGAACAAAAUGCCUUGGAGGCCGUUGAGAACAGUGCCAAUGUGCUCGAAUCAAAGCUUGCUGCAGGCGAGGUGAUAUACGGGGUCAAUACCGGUUUUGGCGGCAGUGCAAAUACCCGAACAGAUGCUGUAGAAGACCUGCAGCAGAAUCUUCUCCGGAUGCUUCAGUACGGAGUAUUGCAUACGCCGCUGGUAUUGGAGCGUUCCAAUGAACCGAUGAAAGGCGAAUACCAAGCCCUACCGGACAACGCCUUUAAGCCGCCCGAGUUCCCUCUGAGCGACGCAGCGACAUCUACAUGUAUGCCUGAGUCGUGGGUGCGGGCGUCAAUGCUCAUUCGGCUCAAUUCGCUCCUCUCUGGACUGUCCGGGGUAAAGCAGGAUACAAUCAUGACACUAGCAAAGCUGGUUGACAAAAGAAUAACCCCCAGAGUUCCCCUCCGAGGAAGUAUCUCUGCUUCCGGAGAUUUGAGCCCUCUGGCAUACAUCGGAGGUGUCAUACAAGGAUCACCUACGAUGACAGUAAUGGCAGACGAUGCCUCAGGUGUACGGAGACUUCGAAGGGCUGAUCAGGCAUUGCUGGACCAGGGGGUCUCUCCUAUCAAACUUCGCGCGAAGGAGGGCCUGGCCAUUGUUAACGGCACUGCUGUCUCAGCUGCGGUAGGCGCACUGGCUCUCCACGAAGCGCUCGGUCAAGCGGCGUUGGCUCAGGUCCUCACUGCCAUGAGCGUUGAGGCGAUGUCCGGUACCGACGAGAGCUUCAAGCCUCUCUUUGGCAAAGCUCGCCCGCAUCCCGGCCAAAUCGACGUUUCGAACGCUAUACAUUACUUCCUAGCCAACUCCAAGCUCAUUAACCGCGAAGGGGGCGCAAACACAGGAGAGUUGCGCCAGGAUAGAUACUCUCUUCGCACUGCGCCGCAAUGGAUCGGACCGGUCCUGGAGGACUUGAGCCUAGCCCAUGAGCAGGUCAGUAUUGAGCUCAAGUCUGUUACAGACAACCCGUUGGUUGACUGGGAAGCUGGCGGUGAUAUACUGCAUGGUGGUAACUUUCAGGCCAAGGUUGUCACUAGUGCAUUGGAGAAGACUAGACAGGGCUUGCAGACCAUCGGACGCAUUCUAUUCUCCCAAUGCACCGAAAUGAUCAAUCCAGCAACAAAUCAUGGACUGCCUCCAAACCUUGUGGCUGGUGAUCCCAGUCGUUCUUUCAUUUGGAAAGGGACGGACAUCAUGAUAGCAGCCCUACAGGCAGAGCUUGGCUUUUUGGCCAACCCAGUGGGUAGUCAUGUACAGACCGCGGAAAUGAAUAACCAGGCGGUUAAUUCCCUAGCCCUAAUUUCCGGUCGUUAUACCCUGCAGGCAGUUGAAGUGCUUACACAGCUGAUGGCUGCACACCUCCUGGCGCUUUGCCAGGCUCUAGAUCUUCGUGUCUUGCGCAUCAAGUUUCUUGAUGCGUUUUCCCAGGACUUCCUAAAAAUGACCCAGACUGCAUUUGACCCCUAUCUCAAGGAUCAUGACACUGAAUUUUUUGAGUCACUUUGGCAAGGAUUUUGUCGGAAUCUCGAAGGCCUUGGAGGCGAAGAUUCUGCCACGCGUUUCAAGUCUGCAGUGGAAGCAUUACAAUCUGCCAUAUUAGAGAGGAUCGUGUUUCGAGAGACUACACUGACGGCUCUGAAGUCAUGGAUUAGUCAAUGUGCUGAAAAGGGCGAAGACACGUAUGAAAUCAUCAGACUGGAAUACGGAACCAGCCCACAGGCAGCUCCAUACCUGGGAUGCGCCUCGGCUCGACUAUAUAAAUACGUUCGAGAGGAGCUCCAAAUACCCUUUGUCUAUGAUGACGCCGUUCUCGACUCUGCCCGUCCAGACGGCACAACUAUCGGCAACAUGAUCACAAGGAUCUGUGAAGCAUUGCAGAGUGGUGCUUUGUAUUCCGUCGUCAUGGAGUGCUUCAGGGAUGCUUUGCAGGGAACUGAAAGGGUCGGGUUGAAUUUCCCUGCAAGCAUGCCAGUGAGAAGCAAUUUUGACGGACGAAGAGCUGCUAAUGUUGAAGGUUUCAACAUAGAUAUGACGCUUUCUGUCAAUUCUGCCAAACAUGUCAAGACACCGGUCAUCUCAGGCCAGCUCUUCCUGGAGAACCUUGAAUUGUUCCAUCACCUAGGUUCCGCUGUGAAUCAUGUCAAGUAA